GCACCCGGCUGUCGACACUCAUGGACAGCAACAUGCACAAACCUUCUCGUGCACACCCACAAACACGCCUGCGUCAUGCGUCCUGAGAGCCACAGCACGAACGCCUUAACUGCGAUGGACCCGGCAAAACGCACCGCAGCAGUGGUUGCAGUCUAAGCAGCUGACUGCCUCGCGCUCAGUUUUUACCCAAUUUCGUUACCCCCUACUGCUUUCUAAAAGUUUCGCUCUGAGUGUGGUGGCGUUAUGGAUUUUAUAACAAGAAGCAACAACAGCAGCAAUGCGACCAGCGGGUAUCCUGAAGGAAUGGACGUUAUUGCCGAUUGGAUCGGUGGCGAGAAUAGCACGAGUUCUGGGUCUCUUUCAGAUCUAGUACUGAGUUACCAGAUUAUCACCUCUCUGCUCCUGGGGGCCCUAAUUCUCUGCUCCAUAUUUGGCAAUGCGUGCGUCGUGGCAGCCAUCGCCCUGGAACGAUCUCUCCAGAAUGUGGCAAACUACCUGAUUGGAUCCUUGGCCGUGACAGACCUGAUGGUAUCGGUGCUGGUUUUGCCGAUGGCAGCCCUCUACCAGGUUUUAAACAAGUGGACUUUGGGUCAGGAGAUAUGUGACUUAUUCAUCUCUCUGGAUGUACUGUGUUGCACAUCCUCCAUCCUGCAUCUGUGCGCAAUUGCCUUGGACAGGUACUGGGCCAUUACAGACCCCAUUGACUAUGUAAAUAAACGAACACCGAGGCGAGCUGCGCUCUUGAUUUGCGCAACUUGGCUUAUUGGUUUUUCCAUCUCCAUCCCCCCAAUGUUAGGGUGGAGAAGUGCCGAAGACAGGGCAAACCCCGACGCCUGUAUGAUCAGCCAAGAUCCAGGUUACACAAUCUACUCCACGUUUGGAGCUUUUUAUAUCCCUCUUAUCCUCAUGUUAGUCCUUUACGGACGAAUAUUUAAGGCUGCUCGGUUUCGAAUUCGAAAGACAGUGAGGAAAACCGAGACAGCAAAAGUUUCAGACAAGUGCUUGGCCGUGUCUCCGGCCAUCUUUCACAAGAAGACCAACGGAGAAACUCGUGGCAAAGGUUGGAAACGCUGUGACGAGUCUAAGACAAACUCUCCGUGCGUAAACGGUGCGGUAAAGCAUGGAGACGAGGGGGAGUCACUGGAGAUCAUAGAAGUUAUCAGCAGCUCCAAGACGCACUUGCCUUUGCCCAACACUCCUCAGUCAUCCUCAGCUGGCUAUGAGAACAUAAAUGAAAAGAACUCGGGGGCAAAGAGAAAGCUAGCGCUGUCCAGGGAACGUAAAACAGUGAAAACUCUCGGGAUCAUCAUGGGAACUUUCAUCUUCUGCUGGCUGCCCUUUUUUAUCGUCGCACUGGUACUGCCUUUCUGUGCAGAAAGCUGCUAUAUGCCCGACUGGCUGGGAGCAGUUAUAAACUGGCUUGGUUAUUCCAAUUCUCUCCUGAACCCCAUCAUAUAUGCCUACUUCAACAAAGAUUUCCAAAGUGCUUUCAAGAAAAUUUUAAAAUGCAAAUUCCACAGACCGUAACCACACAGUGAUAACAUUUGCGUUUAUUUAUAAAUGUGCAGCAAUUAAUCGGACAGAAGGAAAUGGCCAAUGACUGCAGAGAACAGUCAAAAAAGUCAUGGACUCAUUCAGGGACAAUCCCUUGAAGGUGUGUGUUCGAGGGUCGUGAAAAAAAAUAUUAAACUAACGAUUGAACAAACAAGGCAAAAACUUCCAUUUUCAGUGUAAAAGCUCAUUUUUCCUUCAUUGUUGUAGCCACUAUAUAGCAUAUAAACGACGACAACCAUCGUUGUAAUGCCAUGCAAGACGUGUCUUGUGCUGAUUCCAUGAAUUUUAUUAUGAGGCACGCGGAUUUCCGUUUUACGCCAUGCGCUUUGUAGCACUGGAACAAUAAAAGCAAUCAGUCAGCCAAUAAGAAAUCUGAGUCGAUUUUUGUUAAAAAAAAAAAAAAACAAACAAACAAAAAAAAAAAAAAAACUGUU